AUGUCAUUCAGCAGGCAGAAAAGCCAUAGCCACGGGCCCGGCUGCCGUCUAGCGCCCUUGAGCUAUCCUCCCGAGACAAACCCAGAAUUACACGGCAUCCCGCCACUUGUGGCCCAAUUCUUCUACUCUUCCGUCAUACCCAUCGAUGACCCUCUUGCACUGGCAGCUGCGCCUGACGCCAAGUCCUCGAAACCGAAUCCUCCACGGCCGUUCUCGCAGGGUGACAACAACUCGCUCGAGAAAGCAUGGCUUUCCCUCGCCUCGGACGAAGAUCGACGAGACCACCGUGAUGCUUUGAAAAGCCGAAGCCCAAGCCCAUCCUCUGCACGGACCGAUCAAAAGAAAAUCGAUGCCAUCUGCAAACAUCUAUUACGCAAACAUGUCGAGAAACACAGGAAGGAAGGUCUGGUUCUCGCCGCUGCAACACAGGAAGAGGCAGCGACAUGCUGUGUCGAACUUCGCAUCGACGCCUCCAACGAGCUUAGGCGAGCUUUUUGUGCCCUCGUCCGCAAACGUCGGAAAGGACUUGACGAAGACACCAUGAUUCAAGCUGUGAUGUUAGAGUUAGAGAAGGCAUUAUCACCCGAAGAAUCACCUACUCAGCCCAACCGAGCCAAGUCUGCGAGUAUCUCUUCGACCACACCCAUUACCAUUGGAUCCAUACCAUCAAUACUCAAUAAUGAGCCUGGUUCGGCUCCAUCGAGCCUACCGGCUACCAGAAUCGGAAGGCCAGAGCGUCGAACAAAAGGAGAUAGUGAGACAGAAAGUAGACGGUCGAGCAUUAGUAGGGCGAAUGCGGUGUCCCUUGGUAUGACCAAGGUAUCGACAGCAGCGCCAAAACCACCAAUCGUAGAUGAUGGAAUUGCAGGCAAGCCUUUUGUGCGAGUUGCCACACCGGAAAUUCCCGUGGGAUCGUCCAGUCCAGGGUUGUCGUCGCUACUGAAGGCGACCGAUAAUGCCUCGAAACCCCCAUCAAGGGACGGGAAAGUCUUGGACCCAGGGCAGGUGUCGGAGAAUCCGAAUCAAGAAUCAGCAAAUGGAUUGCCAGUUGAGGACGACAGGACAUGGGAGCUUCGUGGUCAACCAGUUGAGGUCCCCGUGGGCGUUUCUCGUCUACACAUGGUCUCACUUCCAGUACUGCAAAUGAAGCCGAUAUAUUGGUCGCCAGUCAAUGAUAUCAGUAUUGUGCUCAGAGCUACUUGGUUCUACAGGGACACCAUGACUCCUGUUGAGCCGCAAGCUGCCAAUCAACUAGAGUCAGGGUACCGAGAGCUCCAACCUUGGACCGAGGCAUGGAGUGACGAGCUCCGCUGUGCUAUUGAUGUCGGUGCUUUGGGUGAAGAGAAAGUUGUGCAGCCUCUUUGGCCGCAACCUGUACAGAACAAACAGAACAAACCACAGGAAGACGAUCUUCCCACUCCUGAGCCCAGUAUAUCGGAUGAUCCGCACUGCGCUGCUCGAUGUUUUCGUGGAGAGGCCGCUGCCGAAGGGACCCUCGAAGCCGUCCAGAAACCACACGGAAACGUGCAAAAGAGCCAUGCCAACUAUUAUGUUUUGUACAAAAACUCGCGCGAAGCAUUUCUGCUCAAACCCAGCCUCAAGCCUUCUGCAUACUACGGACGCAGGCCGGUCAGCAAGAUCGUCAAGGGAACCGAUGUGGGCACGCCUGUGGUCCGGGGAUUUGAUAGGGAUGCAUGGAUCCGUCUGCACGAGCGCCCCACAAGCAAGUCCGUGGCUGCUGAGGCCCAAGUACAAUCGCGAGGCUCAGCGCCUCAGACAACGGCAGGCGUGACGUGUUUUGCUUGCCAGGCUGAUCUUGAUCGCUGGCGUGUCAACGACCUUGUUCUUGUUGCUCACGGCAUCGGCCAGAAGUUUGCUGAGAGGGUUGAGAGCUUUCAUUUUACACAUGCCAUCAAUGCUUUCCGACGGGCUGUGAACGUGGAGUUGGGCAACGAGCAGCUGCGCCAGGCCAUGGGUAAUGGUCCAGGCGGCAAGAACGGCAUCAUGGUGUUGCCAGUCAAUUGGCGUCACAAGCUCUCGUUAGAGGACGGAGGACCAAUGCAAGACACCGAUGGGGCAACACCUGCGACCGAUGGCUUCAAUCUCAAGGACAUUGAACCAAAGACGAUCCCAGCCGUCCGAAGCAUGAUCUCUGAUAUUAUGUUUGACAUACCUUUCUACAUGUCUCAUCAUAAGCCCAAAAUGGUACACGCACUCGUUGGCGAGGCAAACAGGGUCUACCGCUUGUGGUGUGACAACAACCCGGGGUUUGCGGAGCAAGGCCGCGUACAUCUCAUUGCUCAUUCUUUGGGCAGCGUUAUGGCACUCGAAGUGCUGUCAAAUCAGCCCACCAAGACACCGCCCAUGAACGACUUAGACCUGGACAAUACCCGGCAUUUUGCGUUUGACACGAUCAACCUGUUCCUCCUCGGUAGCCCGGCAGGCUUCUUUCUACUUCUCGAGCGCGGCCAGCUGGUGCCCCGACGAGGUCGACUCAAGCCAGGCGCGGAUCCUGCAGAUGUCACGGCCAGCGAUGUCGUUUCUGAGCAAGGCCAGUUUGGCUGCCUUGCAGUGAACAACAUCUACAACAUCCUUGCACGAGAGGAUCCGAUUGCAUACCUACUUAACGGAACCAUAGACCCGGUGUAUGCUGCAAGUCUAAAGACCGCCUACGUGCCCACCACCAAUGUUGGCAUGUUGCAGUCGAUUGGCAACGGGAUCAAAGGAUUAUGGGGCGGCGGGACGAGCAACAUUCACCAACAAGCCGGUGCGGCGGCAGCACCCGUGCGGCCAUCCCCCAGCAUGCGUUUGCCCUCACAGCUUGAGCUGGAGGUGCACGACUUCACCCGCGAGGAGAUUGCCGAGCGCAAAGCAUAUCUGCUGAACGACAAUGGACAGAUAGACUACUACCUACGUUCCGGGGGUGGGCCCUUAGAGAUACAGUAUCUCAACAUGCUCAGCGCUCACAGCAGCUACUGGACCAGUCCUGACUUGGUGCGGAUGCUUUGCAUGGAGAUUGGCAGGAAACCUGGCCGCUCCAAUACCUACCCGGGAAUGCGGGCACAGAAGGCAACCAAGCGGAUGGUUCCAAGCUCGAACUGA